CACUGCAAUAAGUAAGAAUGUGUUUGGUUCCUAAGAAAAAAAUGACACCAUUUUGAAACCUGGGGAAAAGACGAAAGGUUUUUAGGAACCCAAAUUGGACCCGAAACGAAGAAAAACGAAAAACCAAUCACAUCAUCGAUACAUAAAAGAAAAAACCACAAAACCAACCUUCCACGAAUUUUUCAACUCCGUUUCUCCGCCGCCAGCUCCGCCGUCUCCGAAUAUUUUUCACCCGUAACUGUCUCUAAUCUUUCAAAAACAUAAAACCCAGAGACGAAACUUAAUCAUUAAUCCCGUAAUCACCACCACCAAUGAAUUAUUAUCUUCCAUAAUCAAAUUUCCACCCAAAUGUCCUUUCAUUAUCUUCUCUUCUUGUUCUUCAUCUUAAACCUUUUCCCAUUUUGUUUUGCUCAAAACGAUACCGUAUCAUGUCCCUUAAACUUCACCAUCCUACGGCCGGCUCUUCCCAACAGACCCCAACACAACACCACCAGCGAGUGCCAUUACCUCCUCCAAGGCCUCCGCCUUGUCCUCUCCGACUACCUUAAACGCACCGGUUUGUUCUUCCCUCCUUUAAACACCUCGGAGUCCUGUUGGGAAUCUUACCAGUCCCUCCUCCCAAGCUUCAACAUCCGUUCUUCAUGUGGUCUCGAGACCGAUUGGAUCUCCCAAGGCUGCAAUAACUUAACCACGAAGGCCGAAUUCGAAGCUUCGACCCCAAACGCCACUUUAAACGACGUGGUUUUGAAUUGUAACCAGUCGUUACAUGGUUCAGCUUGUGCUUCAUGUGUUCGAAGCUUGGCUAAUGUACAAGCUGUACACUCGGUGAACAGUUCGAUAGCAAGCGUGUCUGAUUGUACGGCUUACCCCUUUAUUUACGCAGCAGCUGAAGCUAAUUACUUGGGACCAACUGAUGAAGAUACAGCUUCUUGUUUGUUUUCAAUUGAUUUCAGUAAUGGUGAAGGUAAGAAAAAAAAUGUGAAUUUGGGUGUAAUAAUUGGUGUUGCGACUGGUUUAGCUGUUUUCAUUGUUGGGUUUUGGUUUGUUUAUAGAAAACUUAAGGAUUCAAAGAAGAAAAGAAGGGAUCAAAUUGGGAAUCUUGAGAACAAUUCUGGGUUGGAUUCAAUUAGUGAAAGUACUAAUUUGGUUAAGUUUACAUUCAAUGAGAUUAAGAUGGCUACUAGGAAUUUCUCAAUAAAUAACAUUAUAGGAAGAGGAGGGUAUGGAAAUGUGUACAAAGGGUACUUACUUGAUGGUUCUGAGGUAGCUUUUAAGAGGUUCAAGAACUGUUCCGCCGCCGGCAAUGCCAAUUUCGUGCACGAAGUCGAGGUUAUUGCUAGUGUUAGGCAUGUGAAUCUUGUUGCUUUGAGGGGAUAUUGUACAGCUACGACGCCAUCGGAGGGUCACCAGAGGAUCAUAGUGUGUGAUUUAAUGAAGAAUGGGAGUUUGCAUGAUCAUCUCUUUGGUUCCACUAAAAGGAGACUUACUUGGCCUAUACGUCAAAAGAUUGCCUUAGGGACAGCAAGGGGAUUAGCUUACUUGCAUUUCGGGGCACAAUCGACAAUCAUUCAUAGGGAUAUCAAAGCGAGUAAUAUACUUUUGGAUGAUAUGUUCGAGGCCAAAGUAGCUGAUUUCGGACUUGCUAAGUUCGCGCCGGAAGGGAUGACGCAUUUGAGCACUAGGGUAACCGGAACAAUGGGGUAUGUUGCCCCUGAAUACGCUUUAUAUGGCCAAUUGACCGAUAGGAGCGACGUGUAUAGUUUUGGAGUAGUGCUUCUUGAGUUGCUGAGCGGAAAGAAGGCACUCGAUAUGGGUGAUGAGAACCAACCUUUAGUGGCUGAUUGGGCAUGGUCAUUGGUGAAGAACGAGAAAGCUUUAGACGUUAUCGAAGAUGGCAUGCCGGAGUUGGGGUCGCCGGACGUUAUGGAGAAAUACGUGUUGAUAGCGGUUCUUUGUUCUCACCCGGAAUUACAAUGCAGACCAUCUAUGGAUCAGGUUGUGAAAAUGUUGGAAACAGACAUUUCAGUUCCUUCGAUCCCUGAUAGGCCAAUUCCUAUCGUAGCUCGUAUUGAUGAGAUUGAGAGAUCUAUAAGAAGUAAUGGCUCAGGUCAGUUCAUCAGUUCUGGUGGUCAUCAGAUGUUUGGUUAUGAAAACAGUCAUCAUUCUGGUUAUAAGAUGGGAGGGACAAGUUCUGGGUCUUCAAUAGAAGUUCCUCAUAAACACAACUCAGCAUAAUAAAGGACCAUUGAGUUCUCCAAUGGUGUUAUAAGGAUACAAUAGAUUUACAAUCAAGUAACGUUCAUAUAAAGUCAAUAGAUAUAAGGCAUACAGUGGUCAUUUCAAUUUAUAAGUACUUAAAGGUGUACAUAUAGCAAUUUUUUUUUCUCUAUCCAACAUCAAUUGAUUUGUUCAAGAAA